AUGUGGGGGAUCUUCCAAAGGUAUGGUAGAGUCUGGGAGGUUGUCAUUCCACCUAGACGGAACAAGCAGGGUUACCGGUUCGACUUUGUGCGCUUCAUGAAUGUGCAGGAGCCACUACGGCUAGAACGGGAACUGGACAUGAUUCUCAUUGGCUCGACAAAGCUGCAUGCAAAUCUGCCCAAGUAUUCCAAUGACCGGGCAAGACAACGGCGGCAAGAUGCUGGAUCCUUCAGGCAACCAGAUCCCCGUAAGGUUGCGAAACCAGGGGGUAAUAAGCCAGCGGGUAGCCGUACUGGAAGAACGUUCGCGCAAGUGGUAGCAGGGAGAGAUAACCCGGAGAAGAAUGAGACUGUUGAGAAGGUUGAGAGCUCACUGAGGGAUGGUUUGAAGGAGACCGUGGUGGAAAAGUGGAAUGGACCCGAUAUCCCCCAGGUGAAGACCUGGCUUAAGAAUAGCCUGGUAGGUGUAAUCAGGAACGUGGUUCAAAUCCCUUCUCUGCAGGAUGCCUUUAUCCUUGAAGGCUACAAUACCAUUCAAGUUCGUUACCUAGGUGAUGAAUUGGUCCUUCUAACAGGGCCGGAGGACAUGAAUUUGGAAACAGCAUUGGCUGAGUCAGAAGCUUGGGUGAAUGAGCUGUUUGAGGUGGUGUAUACUCGGUUUCCUGCUGUUGCUUUGGAUCAUAGGGUCACAUGGCUGAGAUGCUCAGGAUUUUCCCUGCAUAUGUGGACUCCAGCAUGUUUGGAGUACUUAGUCUUACCCAUAGGGAAGAUGACGUUGAUUGACAACGCAACAACAUCUUUGGCCAGAUUGGAUUACGCUAGAAUUCAGAUCAGGACCUCGCAUCUGGAGACAAUUAACGUCUACAAGAAGAUACAAGUGCAUGGGGCUACAUUCACAAUAAGGAUCAAUGAAGAAGUUGGGGGUGAUGCCUCAGCUUGCUGUCGCUGUGUGGGACAUGAGACGGAGAGUGAUGAUAGCUCAUCUGGGUGGUCCGGGAAUGGAGAUGGUGAUGAUGACGUCUCAAUUUUUUCAGAUAUUCCGGAGGAAAGGAAUGGAAAAGGGGGAGAGCGAGACACGGGGGACAAAAUGCAUUAA